GGCCGUGUAUGCGUGCUGACACACGUCGCGGCGGUGCGGGUCCCGAUUGCUGCAGCCGCUUGUCAGUGUGACGAAGAUUGGCACCCAGGCAUACCCUUCCCAGGAAAUGAAUAUCAGAGGAGUAGUAUGAUAAGUAAUUGAAAAGCUGGAAGUUAUUUGCUAAGAAGAGGGGAAAGCAUUGAUUGCAAAAAAAUUGAUGUAAGAUAUGAUUUGACUUCAAAGCAAUUCUCAGUAACCAUGAUGGCAACGCAGACAUUAAGUAUAGACAACUAUCAAGAUGGGCAACAACAAAUGCAAGUAGUAACAGAAUUAAAAACUGAGCAGGAUCCAAACUGCUUAGAAACAAAUGCAGGAGGAUUGAGCCCUUCCCCAGUUGAAUCUCAGACACCGAUGGAUGCAGACAAGCAGGCUAUUUACAGGCACCCACUGUUUCCCUUAUUAGCACUGUUAUUUGAAAAAUGUGAACAAUCUACACAGGGUUCAGAAGGCACAACAUCUGCAAGUUUCGAUGUAGAUAUUGAAAACUUUGUUAGGAAACAGGAGAAGGAAGGAAAACCCUUUUUUUGUGAAGACCCAGAAACGGAUAAUUUAAUGGUAAAAGCAAUUCAGGUUUUACGAAUUCAUCUGCUUGAGCUAGAAAAAGUUAAUGAGCUCUGUAAAGAUUUUUGUAGUCGUUAUAUUGCAUGUCUAAAGACUAAAAUGAACAGUGAAACUCUGCUAAGUGGGGAAUCUGGGAGUCCUUAUUCACCAGUACAACCCCAGUCCAGCAACUUUAAACAUGAUAAAGAUAGCUUGGAUUUGCUGGAGCAGCUGUCUUCAUGGAAAGAGUCACCAGAAAAUCCAAUUCAAAGUGCCAUCACAGGUACACUGAGUCCCCAGGGGAUUGUGGUACCUGCAUCAGCACUGCAGCAGGGAAAUGUAACUAUGGCAACAGUUGCAGGUGGCACAGUAUAUCAGCCAGUAACAGUGGUCACACCUCAAGGACAAGUAGUAACACAAACACUGUCACCUGGAACCAUCAGGAUCCAGAAUUCACAGCUCCAGUUACAAUUAAACCAAGAUUUAAGCAUCUUGCAUCAAGAUGAUGGAUCAUCAAAGAAUAAAAGAGGCGUUCUUCCAAAACAUGCUACAAACGUGAUGAGAUCUUGGCUUUUCCAGCAUAUAGGGCAUCCAUAUCCAACAGAAGAUGAGAAGAAACAGAUAGCAGCACAAACAAAUCUUACCUUACUUCAGGUUAACAACUGGUAG